AUUCGAGCAAUAUAUGUUGACAAACAAAUAUACAGUUGCUGUUAAAGCAACGUUUGUUUUUGUAAGUAAAUUUGUGAAAAGAAAAUGUUGCACCAAUAAAAUAUGAUGUCGGGAAGGAAGAGGAUAAACAGUAGUAAUACAAUUAAACAUCUAUACAUAUAUUAUCAAAUCCAUUUCUAAUGUAUUUGUAUAUGUUUUAGGUUGUAUUUCCAAUCGAGCACUAGAUGUCAGACUCGGCUAUUUUACUUAAAUAACAUUAACACGCUUUCGUAGCCUGUUAAUAGAUGAUCAUGAUGACAAAUAAAUUGUAGUUAUUCUGCUUAUAAUGCUAGCUUGUCCAUUGAAUAAAGCUGCAAUAUACACUUAAAUAAUUCUCUGUCAUUGUAAUGGAAACGUCUCUCUUUAUCUCUCUCGCUACUCACACACACACACACACACACACACACAAAGCGAGAGAGAGAGAGAGAGAGAGAGAGAGAGAGAGAGAGAGAGAAAGGAGACAGAGACAAGACAGCUGGAUUGGAACUGUGUGCGUUGUUUCCAUUGUUUGUCACUUGACUCUUCUACAAUGCCUUGCAAACUAAACAGGAGGGUCUAAGCGGCUGAGUUAUAAUAAACUCUCAAUUCUCCCACAAGAUAAGUCGCUAAACCCUGGUCCGAAAUGAGUGCUUCUGCAGGGACGGGAGUGUUUGUGAUGUCCUUGAUGUCAAUCCACACCUGCUAUUUAUUUAAUUCCCUCAUUUACAACAAAAGUGCUGAAGCUUUCUUCUUCGCUGGGUGUUCAACAGUCCUCAUACUGUCCAUAUCUGCCUGUGUUAUUCUCAAGAAGAAGGCUCCAGUUGAUCCUCUUUUCUAUGUGUUUGCGGUGUAUACAUUCCUUAGUGUGGUGAAUCUCAUCAUCGGGUUGGAGCAGGACAACAUCAUUGAUGGAUUUGUGACGUUUUACCUCAGAGAGGCUGAUCCACAUAUUAAUACAGCACAUGGGCACAUGAUCUCCUAUUGGGACGGCUGUGUGCACUAUCUCAUGUAUCUGGUCAUGGUCGCUGCGAUGACUUGGGGGGACAGUUACCGAGACGUAGGACUCUACUGGGUGGGAUCUUUUCUCACCCGCGCCAUAGUCUACAUUCUUGGGAAUGCUGUGGGUAAAUAUGGGACCCAAGUUAGCCCUCUCUUCCUCCUCCACAUAUUAUAUUUAUCUGUGUCCAUUUGGGCCUGCUUCCGGAUCUUCAGCCAGCCCUCCACACGGGACGUUCAGUUGACAAGCAAUGCGGAGGCCAAAAGAACAAGUUUACUCCACAGACCACUGGACCUGCUGUUCGUGAUCUACCUCGCUCCUGCCUUUGCGUUCUGCGUCUUCAGAGGCCUGAUUGUGCUGGACUGUUCCAGCGAAUGGUGUCAAGCCUACACACGACAGUAUGAGCCUUACCUCAAAGACCCUUCAGCCUACCCUAAAAUACAGAUGCUGGUGAGCAUGCUGUACUCUGGACUGUACUACUUUGUUGCUCUCUAUGGGCUGAUGGUCCCAGGAUGUGAGUGGAUGACAGAUCUGACUCUGGUGCACUCCGGAGCACUGGCACAGGACAAAGCAACUGAAGCAUCUGAGCUGCAGGCUGGCGCGUCACUCAUCGGCGGGAUAAGGGGGAGGCUGACUUCAGACCAGGAGGAAUGGUGGUAUUGGUUCAGUUAAAUGUCAGCUGGUUGAUUCGGAUAUAAAUAGGAAAGCUGAUGCUCCGACUGUUUCAAUGGAAACAUAUUGUAGGAUGUGUGGCAGUACCAGAAUGUGUUCCUCAUUUUAUGGUUAUCGGCCCCUUCAACUUUUUUAACAGGUUUGUUGUUGUAUUACUUUAUACGAACUGUAACAUGUAGACAGUGGAAUGUCUUUUAAAGAUAGGAGAGGAUUUCCUUAUAUAUUCAUAAUGUUGAAGUGAUUUUUAACACAAUAAUCAAAGAAAAAGGGAGACAUUUUAUAUAUAUGUAUAUAUAAAGUCACCAUAAGCAAGUGAUAUUGGAAACUCUACUAACUGUGAAGCUUUUAGUUAUCGCUGUUAUUAUCCCAUUUGUCCCUCCCUGCUUCACUCCGCAGGCCCAGUUCGCUCAUAUUGGAGCGUCACUUCACACACGGACGCCGUUCUCCUACAGAGUGCCUGCUGGCGGGCAGCCUGUCUUCUUGCUG